AUUACACAACAACAACAAACGAAAUACACUUCUUGCAGGCCCACGUCUCUUGUGCGUGGUUGUUCACCGUCGACUGAAAAGGGCCAUCGUGCUACCCAAGCUGACACCAACAACCACACGCGCGGUGCUUCGCCAUUCAUUGUCCGUCUCACAAAGCCAACCUCGUCAGUUCUUCCGGGUGAGAGUUUAAAGAAGUCUCGACACCCGCCCCAAUCGCGAUCAUCAUCAUCAAACGCACACACACACCAUCAUCAUAAGCACAUGGUCGUCGCAGUUUGAAAAGGGGAGAGGACGUCUUGAGACUUUGUGGUGUGAUUAGGAAAGUUCGCGAUGGCUCUCGAGGCCAUCAAAUACAGCCGGGGUGAGCUGCGCAUCCUCAACCAGCUGCUGCUGCCCCAUCUCACCGUGUACGAGGCGGUGAAGACCACGGAUGACGGGUGGAACGCUAUCAAGGCCAUGAAGGUACGCGGCGCUCCAGCGAUAGCGAUCGUGGGCUGCCUGAGCCUUGCCGUCGAGAUCACCAAAAGCGAGUUCACCUCCGUGGAGGCGCUCGUGGAGUUCACCCGGGAGCGGCUCGCGUACCUGGUGACGGCGCGCCCCACCGCUGUCAAUAUGAGCAGAGCGGCGAGCGACAUUGGCGCGACGCUCUGCCAGCUGGUCGCUCGGCCUGGAGCCACGAUCGACAGCGUGGAGAAAGGACUCUUGGAGGCGAUAGAGGCCAUGAUGGCGAAGGAUCUGAGUGACAACAAGAGCCUCGGCAGAUUCGGGGCCGAGCACAUAAUGGCCAACAGCCAGAAGGACAAGGCCAUUGUCCUCACCCACUGCAACACAGGAUCGCUGGCCACGUCCGGCUAUGGGACAGCUCUUGGGGUUGUCCGCUGUCUGCACGAAUCCGGGUGGCUGGAGCGCGUGUACUGCACAGAAACACGGCCGUACAACCAGGGCUCGCGUCUCACGGCGUACGAGCUGGUGAGCGACGCCAUCCCCGGCACACUCAUCACCGACAGCAUGGCAGCAUUUGCCAUGAAGGAGCGGGGCAUCACAGCGGUGGUGGUGGGUGCCGACCGCGUGGCCGGCAACGGGGACACGGCCAACAAGGUGGGCACCUACCAGCUGGCGGUGGCCGCAAAGCACCACGGCAUACCGUUCUACGUGGCGGCGCCCAGCACAUCGUGCGACCUGACGCUGGAGGGCGGCGAGGGGAUCGUGAUCGAGGAGAGGCCUCACGCGGAGCUGACCGAGAUUAACGGGACUCGCGUCGCCCCUCCAGGAAUCGAUGUUUGGAAUCCGGCGUUUGACGUGACCCCUCAGGACUUGAUCACGGGGGGCAUCGUGACGGAGUUGGGGGUGUUCGAGCCGAGCAAGCUGAAGGAAGCUCUCCAGGCCAAAGAGAAAUAAACUAGGGCCGCCUUGUGUGGACAAGUGUCCAUCUGGGAAAACAAAUAAAAGCUGUCCCCAACAGAAAUAAUCCUGAGGCUCUCGCAGGGUAUAGAGGAACGAAAGAAAAAAAAACAUUCCGCCUGAAUAAUUGUUACAUUUGUGUAUGUAGUUCAUUAACAUGAACAAAAAUUACAUUGCAAUGCUUAAUUUUAGCGUGUAAAUAUACGGUGCAUUCUUGUAACAUUUCUGAUCUGGAGCACAAACAGAAGUGGUUUACGUGUUAUUAACAGAAAGAGUUCACGUUGACAAAAGUCUUUAUUGAUUAUAUAUGAUUUACACAGCUAAAGAUACUGUAACCCACAGACAGUCUGUAAUCACUGCUGCUUCAAUCACUGGUGUAACAUUUGCUUAACUGUGUAACUCUUUGCCAGCAGGCCAUGAACAUAAUACAAACAGUCAAACAAUAUACAUGUACUGUGUCUCUAUAAUCAGCGUUUCAGCAUAUUUUUACUUUUAAAGCUAUGCCAGCAUUACAUUAAAAGCACUUCUAGAA